AACUACCACCCAGAGGCGAGAGAGCCCACAGCUGUCAUAACUCUGAGAAAUCUUCCGUAAAACCAACGCAAUAAAUCACGUCCCUUCCAAAUUGUAUCUUCCCCCGAUUCCACCUCCUCCUCUCGCAUGUCUUAACCAGCAAGUUAUCCCAAAAUUCAUAGACCUUACCCACUCUCUCUCUCUCUCUCUCUCUCUUUCAUCAGCAAACCCAAGUCCACUCUCCCUUCUUUAAGUAACAUACAGAGAGAGAGAGAGAGAGAGAGAGAGAGAGAGAGAGAGAGAGAAGGGCUCCACGCACAUAGAAGCGAUCAAUCAAGCUAAUGGGUGGCGACACUGCAUCGUCUGUUGUUUCCUCCUCCGAAGAGGAAUCAAUGCUGGAGCAAGAAUACCCGCAACUUUCUCUCCGACUACCCACUCCAAUCGGGAGGAAGGAGGGUUCAAGCCCGAAGGACGGGAACGGUGGUACUUUGGGCGGAGAGGAAAGGGUGGACUUUGGGGUAUGUGAAGACGUGGGUCGAUGCGUAUCAUCGAGUUGUUUCGAUGAGAGGAGGAAGCGCGGUGCUUAUAGGGAUGUUUUGGAAAAUUAUAAUGAAUUGCAGCGUCGGAGUGAGGAUUUGGACGCGGCCAAAAGUAAAAUCCUGAGUUAUUACCCUGGAGCAUGGAUGGAGGUGGCGGGUGGAAUGAAGUUGAGUGACUAUGAUGUCCCAAAGACCACAUCACUGUUAGUGAUUGGUCCAAAAGGAUCUGGAAAAAGCAGCCUUGUGAAUAGAAUUUCCAGGGUGUUUGAAGAUGACAAGUUUGCACCGGACAGGGCCCAAGUCUCAUAUAAUGCGUCUGUUGGAGAUGGGACCUACUUUCUCCAGGAGUAUAUGAUCCCAAGAGAUUCAACGUCUUUCUGUCUAUAUGAUACUCGCAGUUUGUCUGAUGAGUCAUCAACUAACAGGGAAAUGCUAACUCAUUGGAUGACAACAGGAGUUCGGCAUGGGGAACUGGUUAUCAGGGAAACUGACAGUUCUAGUUUAAAGACCAGAUUGAAGUGCAAAGCUCGCCAGAGUGGUUAUGGUUCGCAUGAGAUCAGGAUGGUUAAUUUCGUUAUAUUUGUAGUUAAUGGUGUUUCAAUUUUGAAAUCCAUGUAUACUGAUGAUGAAGCAGAGAAACAGUAUAGUCAGAUGGUUGCCACAACUUUCAGCUGCCCAUUCUUGUCAUUUAAAGAUGACAAGCCAGUUAUUGUUGUCACACAUGGAGACUUACUUUCACUUUCCGACCGUGCGCGAGUUCGUGUUCAUUUAGGGGAGCUGCUGGGCAUUUCGCCUACUAAGCAGAUUUUCGACAUUCCAGAAAGCUGUGAUAAAGCGACGGAGUUGGCAAUAGUUGAUAUGUUUCGUUAUUCCCUUGAGCAUGCUGAUAGGAAUCUUCCUGUCAAGGAAUGGGUUCCAAGAAAGGUUUGCUCUUUUUGGCAAGAUUUACCAUCAGUGGUUUUUAGAAAAUCUCUACCAGUGUGUCUCUGCCUGUUGAUUGUCCUGUGGAUUGCCAUAAUCGCAACCCAUAUGCAUCACCGUGCCCCUAUUCAUCGUGUUCGUCCGCCUCCGUCAAGUAUUCAUAUCGAUUGGCACUCAAUUCGUCACCUGUGGCUGGGCUAGGAAUUUGAUUGACUUGUCUGUCCUCGAAUUAUAAAUAAGCUUUCUAUCCUGUAAGCUGAAACACAAUGUGAAUAAAUGUGUGCAUAUAUAUUCUGGACUGUCUAUGUGUGUAAAUUAUGUGUCGGACAUCUGAAAUUGGGAGUAGGUUCAUCCCACUCUUGUAUUUCACUCUAAACAAGCUCGUCUCGCUUGUAUUACAAAAUCUUUUUCUUCUGGAUUUCAAGUGCAGUCUGUAUCAGAAUAAGAGAGGGAGUGUUCUGGCAUGCGACGGUAGAGCAGUUUCCACUGUGUAGUUGAAGUACACAGUCUGUAUAUAUGAACUUUUAUGCUGUGUUUGGAUCAUGAAUUUUUGUUGAGAUUUGUGCACAAGAUUAGCUGAUUUUCGUGUA